UUGAGCCCUGGUCGUCGCAGGUCUGAACCCAAACUAGCCUCAUCGGCGCCCAUCGGCGCGUCGGCGCCCGACGGGGAGGCCGAGGCCGAGCCGAGGAAUGUCCGGGCGGUGCCCAUCCACCAGCGGCCGGACCUGCUGGUGCCCUGCGCCGACCUGGUCAACUCGGAGUGGCCGCGGAGCCGGGCGGCCCGCGUCCACUCCCUCCAGAAGUCCUGCCCGGAGUUCCCGCUCUGCCUGGUCCUGCUGCGGGGCCCCGGGGGGGCCGAGACGCUGCUGGGCCACGCCCGGCUGUCCAGGGUGGUGGCCGACGGCCGCAGCCUGUUCGUGGAGUCGGUGGUGGUGUCCAGGGAGGAGCGGGGCAGGGGCCACGGCCGGACCCUGAUGGAGGAGGCGGAGCGCUACGCCAGGAGGCGGGGCUUCCGCCGCCUGUGCCUGACCACGCACGACAAGCAGCGCUUCUACGCCCGCCUGGGAUACGUGCCGUCCGCCCCGGUGCAGAGCGCGGGCGCCGUGAUGGCGCUCGUCCCCAUGGCGAUGCUCCUGAGGCUGUCCAGAGCCCCGGAGGAAGAGGCCAAAGCAGCAGAAGGUCCAGAGGCAGAGGCUCCAGACUCAGGGACACUCAGAGACUCUCCACCUGUUGGUUUACCUCCUCCUCCUCCUCCUCCACCACCUCCACCUCCUCCUCCCUCCAUCCCACCACCCCCGCCUCCCUCCAUCCCUCCACCUCCCUCCAUCCCUCCACCUCCCUCCAUCCCUCCUCCUCCACCGUCCGCAGAGCUGCCCGUAGUUCAAACUCUGUCCGAGACCCCCUACAGAGACGCCAAAGGAGUUCCCAUCUUCUGGAUGCACAAGGAUAUUUGA